AUGGUGGGCACGCCGGGGUCCGGGCAACUGGGUUGCUUCUCGGCAAACCAGAUCGUCCUGAACGGCGCCUGGCGGAAGGGUGCGUUCAUUUCGUCCUACGCCGUGCCCAUGUUCUUCCUGCAGGUCUGCGUCUUCGUCAGCCUGGCGCGGCUCCUCGCGUAUCUCAUCAAGCCCCUCGGGCAGCCCAAAAUCAUCGCUGAGAUCCUGGUCUGCGUCUUCGUCAGCCUGGCGCGGCUUCUCGCGUAUCUCAUCAAGCCCCUCGGGCAGCCCAAAAUCAUCGCUGAGAUCCUGGUCGGGAUUCUCUUGGGUCAAAGUGGUCUCGGCAGGAUAUCGAAUUACGACAAGUACAUGCUUCCAAAGCACGAAUACAUGGUGCUGGAGACGGUAUCCAACCUAGCCAUGAUAUACUUCGUCUUCCUGGUGGGCGUCAAGCUCGACAUGAGAUACAUGAAGGGUCUGGGCAGGAAGGUGGCGGCGGCCGCCACCGCCAGCACCGUCCUCACCUUCGCCGCCACCGUCUCGGCCGUCUACCUUUUCGGCCUGCAGCCGGUGCCGAAGGACCUCGACGGCGGGUCGUUCCCGCGGCCGACGUUCGUCGUGUUCGUCGCCGCCGUCCUCACCGUCACCGCCUUCCCCGUGCUCGCGCGCCUCAUCGCGGACUUCAAGAUCCUCAGCAACGACACCGGCCGGCUCGCGGUCCUCGCGUCCAUCGCCAACGUGACGGCGUCGUGGGUGAUCCUGGCGACCGGGCUGGCCGUGACGAACCCCAAGAAGGGCUGGCGGGUGGGCGCGUACGUGCUGCUCUCGACGGCGGCUCUCUUCGCCGUCUUCUUCCUGGCCGUGCGGCCCGUGAUGAGCUGGGCGCUGCGGCGGCUGCCCGAGGGCGAGCGCGUGAGCAACGGGGUCGUCGGCGUCAUCCUGGUUGGGACGGCGGUGGCGGGGGUGCUGACGGAGAUGAUCGGGAUCCACGCGAUGACGGGGGCGUUCCUCUUCGGGCUCGUGGUGCCGACGGGGCCGGUGGCGGCGGCGCUCGUCGACCGCACCGAGGAGUUCCUGGUGAACCUGCUGCUGCCCGUGUUCUACAUCCACGCCGGGAUGAGGUUCAACGCGCAGGUGCUCUGGAGCCCGGACCUGCCGCAGAACAAGUGGCCGGCUGGGUGGAAGCCGCUGCCGCACGAGGGCUUCUACUUGGUGCUGAUCAUCGCCCUCGCCAGCGCGUGCAAGGUGCUGACCGGCCUGCUCGUCUCCUUCUUCUUCUCCACGCCCGUCUCCGAAGGGCUCACGCUGGGUUUCCUCCUCUCUAUCAGAGGCCCCGUUGAGAUAAUGCUCCUUGGAGUUGGCUAUGAAAAGCAGAUUUUAUCUGCGAAGGUGUACAACGUACUGCUGCUCGGAGUUCUGGUGGUGACGGCGAUAGCUUCGCCGGCGGCGCUGUUCACCCACCGCCCCCCGCGGCGCCACGUCGCCUACAAGCGGCGGAACCUGCAGCGCUCGAAGCCCGACGGCGAGCUCCGGAUGGUGGCGUGCGUGCACACGAACCGCAACGUGCCCUCCAUCAUCAGCCUCCUGGAGAUCUCCAACCCGACGAAGCGGUCGCCGAUCUUCGUCUACGCCCUCCACCUCAUCGAGCUCAGCGGCCGCGCCUCCGCCAUGCUCAUCGUCCACAACCCGAUCCAGACGAAGCCCGGCGGCCACCACCACCGCAGGGCCGGCGCCUCCCGCGGCGGCGGCGGCGGCGGCGGGCAGCAGCAGAGCGAGCAGAUCAUCACCGCCUUCGAGAACUACGAGCAGCACGCCGGCGGCAUCUCCAUCCAGCCGCUGACCGCCGUCUCCCCCUACUCGUCCAUGCACGAGGACAUCUGCAGCAUCGCCGAGGACCGCCACGCCGCGCUCAUCGUGCUCCCCUUCCACAAGGCCCACACCGUCGGCGGCGACCUCGAGACCAUCAACCCCGGCAUCCAGUCCGUCAACCAGAAGCCCGACGACCGCGAGGCGCUCGCCUACGCCUGGCGGAUGGCCGAGCACCCCGGGGUCACGCUCACCGUCGUCCGCUUCCUCCCGGGCGCCGACGCCGCAGGCGCGCAGUACUCGGCCUCGCCCCUGUCGGGAGCCAGAUCGUCGGACGCCUCGGCGCCGAUGGCCGCGGCGGCGGCGGCGGGGGCGGUGGCGGAGGAGGACGUGGAGCGACUGCUCGACGACGAGUUCGUGAACGAGUUCCGGCUGAAGAACGUGGGCGCGGAGACGGUGGUGUACGCGGAGAAGGUGGUGAACAACAGCGAGGAGACGUGCGCCGAGCUGGGCCCGAUCGGCGACCUGCUGGCCUCCUCGGACUUCAAGGCGACCGCGUCGGUGCUGGUGGUGCAGCAGUACAUCGUGCACGGCUUCGCCGGGGGCGCGUCGGAGCAGCCGGCCGCGCCGGAUAGCCCCAGGCAGUCGGUGCUGCAGUACCUGAGCAAAGCAAACCACAGGGCCUCGCGCCCUGCUGCCGCAGUUGACGCCGGAUGGAAUGGAGCGGGCUAUCGCUCCUGA